UCGGGAGACUAGAGCCCAGAGCCCAGAAAAAGACGCAGGCUCACUGGUCUGGCCGCGCCUUUACCCGUCACCGAAGGCCCUGAGAAACCAACUACUCAGGCUUUCACUGUGUGGGGGCGGGAGUAGGUACGACUCUCCGCCCCACGGCUCAGUCUACAUCUUUCAAAAUGGUGGUAGCUAAGGCAGAGGCCGGCAAAACUGCCACCAACUACUUCCGGACAGCCAGACCCUUGCCCUCACUGGUCACCGUCCUCGGGCUAGGAUAUUUCGCGUGGGUUAUCUUCGGGCCUCAAAGUAUUCCUUAUCAGAGCCUAGGGCCCCUGGGCCUCUUCACUCAGUACUUGGUGGACCACCAUCACACCCUCCUACACAAUUGUUAUUGGCUUGCCUGGCUGAUUCACGUGGGAGAGUCUUUAUAUGCUAUCGUAUUGUGCAAGUCUAAAGGCAUCACAAAUGCUCGGGCUCAACUACUCUGGUUCCUACAGACUUUGCUCUUUGGGAUAGCCUCCCUCUCCAUCUUGAUUGCUUACAAACCAAAACGCCCCAAAAAAACUUAAAAAACAUAUUCAGAAGCUGUCUCUACAAUUGGACAUCCCACCUCACCUUUUUGGGGGGAAUGGAGCAGGGAGGUGCAUUGUUUACUCCAUCUUUCUAUUUUCUAGAAAGUUAAGACCCUCUAGACAUUCAUUAUUUCAUAUGUUCUGGUUGUGUUUGAGUAGAUAUUAGGAAAAGAUUUUAGCUGUCCUGUUCUGCAGACUAACCCAUUUGGCAGAGGGCUUCCAGCUACCUUCUUGAAGUCGUUGGCUGUGUUGGUACUCUCUCCCUAUCAUCUGGUUUAAGCCAUGUACUAAAUUUGUUUGUUGGUGUACCUUUCCUCCCAUCUUUUAAAACACCUUACAACCAUCUUAGCUCUCUUUUCCCAAAAAUUUUCACCUUUCUGGACCAAGAUGGAGUAACGUGUCCAUAGUACAUCAAAUCCACAUGUAUUUGUUAGCACCAGUGAGGCACGAUCUUAUCCUUUCAAAUUUUCAUUUCUCAAACUACCAAGAAAGAUAGGAAAGAUAAGCAAGUGCAUGGAACCAGGCAGGCUGAGCAGAUGUAUCUUUAUACAUCUUAAAUAUACAUCUUAUAUUUAAGAUGGCACAAAGGCACAAAGGACAUGCUGACACCCAAGAGGAAAGAAUUGGAGAAUGCCUUCCUUGAUUCUGCCAACCAGAGUGAUUCUUCCCUCCAUAUCGCCCCUUGGACACAGUGCAGUAUCUGAUGGCUACUGCUAGAUUACUCCUUCAAGUCAGGACCACAUCUUAGACAGCUUUAUUUUAUCUUUAGCACCAGCCCCAUUGCUUUGCACACAGUUGUUCUAUCAGUGUUUAUUGAACAAAGGCAGGAAACUUUGAUUUCACUGUCUAGUAUCAUUCCAAUUUUUAUGUGAAAACUGUAGGACCCAUUUAGAGUAAUCUUGUCUCAAAUAAAAGCACAGGACUAUCUUUGACUGGUAAUACCACCUUUCUGAUGGUAAGCCAGUAUCUUUUUCACACUUUCCUAUUUUUGGUCCCUUUCUCCAGACUCUGUAGGUGUCUCCCUUCAGCCCAGGCUUGUUCCAACACAAACAUUCCUGUUCUAGAGAUUCUAGUCCACGGGUGAUCCAAGUGGUUACUACCUCUUCCUCCCAUUCACCUAAUUACUACUGACUGGUUAUAAUAGGUCAGCAAUUUUCAACUUUUAUCAUCUCCUGGCACACAAAAAAAUAUAUAUAUUUUUGCUGAUCUAAAAAAAUAAAAACAGGUGUAAUUUUGGAUCAUUCAUACCAGACAGCUAUUGUAUCGGCUGUUGUCAUUUCUUUAUUUGACAAGCUACGGGAAAAGGGGUCAGUGCCCCAGAUUAAAGAGUCAGGUAUUGUCUAUUUUAAAACUUGCUGCAGCCGUGGCUGGGUGGCUCGGUUGGAGCAUUGUCCUGUUCACCAAAGGGUUUCAGGUUUCGUCUCCAGUCAGAACACCUCCAGGAGGCAACUGAUCAAUGCUUCUCUUACAUCGAUGUUUCUUUCUCUCUCCCACUUACUAUCUCUCUAAAAAUCAAUGAACCUAUCCUUGGGUGCGGUUAAAUUUUUUUAAAAAUUCUUGAGGCACACCAGUGUGCUACAGCAUACCUGUUAAAAACCGCUGCAGUAGGACAUGCUGUGUUUUAAGCAAACAUUUAUGAGAAACAGUCCUCUUCCCCUCUUCCAAAAAAAGGCCCCAUGUAAAAGCAUAACCCUGAAAGAUUAUGGAUAGUGAAUUGUUUCUGGUGGAGAUCAAUCUCUACAAAUCUGUCUUUCCCUCUGUUUCUCUUUAAUUAGGCAUUGUUUUUUGGUACAGUAAAAUAUUUUAAGAGUUAAACAUAGUGGAAAUCCAACUCAGAUUUUUUUGAAAGCAUGGUCCUCCCCAAAAGAAAUAAUGACAGUAGUACUAAUGGUGCCCAGAACAAUAUGGCAGAUCAUUGAAUAAAAUGGAUUAAUAUUAAUAAAA